AGCAAUCAAUGUACAGUGGCGAUAUUUGCUUAUUUUCCACACUCUGUCAUGUAAUAAUUAAUUACUAAUUUUCGAUACGAUCUAAGAACAGCCAAGCUAAGUUCUGUUUCUCAUCCGGACAGAGCUCAAAAAUCUUCCUACAUGGGUUCUCUCGACUUGCCUCAAGCUUCAUCGUUCAAGGGAGGAAGUGAAACAUUUCUCCGGGAUGUUCUUGAAAGUAUACUGAAAACGUAUUUAAGGAAGAAUCCGAUGGCAAAUACGGUAUGGGAACUAAUUCAGUCAGUGGACAACGAAAAGGUUUCCUACGACCACUUCUUUUUCAGGACAUUCAAGGUCGAUGGUUAUGGAAUAGAUUCUCUGUCGAGCUUUUUCAUGGAUUAUGGAUAUACAAUUGGAGGCAGACUUGAUUUUCCAAAGAAGCAUGUACACGUUCUCUGGCUUUCUCCACCGGAGAUUCACAUUCCUGGUGAUGGUCACCAUCUAGGCAACGGCCCUUUGCCACGAAUUGUUAUAGCUGAGCUUCUUGUGGACGAACUAAGCCCUGAAUCACAGGAGAUAAUAAGGAAGUAUUUGAAACCAGAAGGUGGUAAGCAAGCCAUUCUUUCAAGCACUUUGGGAUCUUUAAUUUGGGAGAAGCCAACAUCCAACGACUUUAAUCAACUUGCAAAAGAGAGUGAAUAUGGAGCAUGGGCGCUUUUCCACGGCUACACACUGAACCAUCUUGCUUUUGCGGUCCAUCGACUUAAACAUCGUUUUAGUGACAUUAAAUGUGUCGAAGAGUAUUUCAAAGAAAAGGGAUUCAAACUCAACGAAGACGGAGGAGAUGUGCUCAAAGUGAGUGAAGAUGGUCUACUGCUACAAGUGUCGUUAAUGUCGGAGAAGCAUGAGGUUGAGUUUGCAGAUGGGGUAACUGAAACCAUCACGGCUUCAUACAUAGAGUUCGUUCAACGUCUAGUUCUUCCAGAGUUCAAAGAUGUGCCCGGUGAUGAGAUCAAAGAAUUUCAUAGACGUGAGGGUCUCGAGCAAGCUAGCGCCUACCACAUUAUGGAAAGCACCCGUUUCACAGCACAAGAUUAAAACCAGUUGGCUUGUCUCGUUCUGCUCACCAUGUCAGUGUUGUGUAUCUUUAGUUGUCCGUAUGCUAUUUGGACCAUCUGCGUGGUAGAUCUUUAUGUUGUACUUUUGUUGUGAACUGGUGGUAACUUAUGUUGUUUGGGAGUCGAUGAAUAAUUGAAAACAAAGUGUGAUCGUUUGGGAGUCGUUUGGUGUGUGGUAGUUGUUGUGUACUUGUGUUUUCAAAUUUUAAAUAUAAUAACUGGCUCAGUGAAUC